CUGUGCUUUCAUUUUACCACAUCAAUUGAGGUUGCCCAAUCAAUCGGCUCGUAUUUGCUGUCAUAAAUGACGUAGCUUCUUCAUGAUGGCCAGCACCUUUUGAUGAGGCUCAGCUGUACACAGCAGCUUUGGAGUUGACCAUUAAAUACCCAAAUUUACACUAUUACUCAUGUUCACCCUCGCCCUCAACAAAGGUGGAUCGUACAUAACGACAUCUAUUCCUUAGCCAAAAUUUUCCAUUGCCUCAAUUUGUAUUUUGCACAGCUUAGCCUUAGACUCUCCAGCAUAUCCCAACAACGAUGGAUGUGGUAUCAAGCUACAGCUUUGCCUCUUGCGGCUGGCAUUUAGUCCAAGCCAUUCCCCUGAUCAUAUGGCCUCAAGCUAUCAAUGGCCUUUUGACCAUUGAUGGCCAGGGCAUGCGCCCACCAAAUGAUAUCGAGAACUAUUUCGCACGCUCCUUGGGCUUUGCCCAGAUAGCACUUGGACUUGUGACGGUUGUCUUGACAGGUUCCCUGCCACUCAAUUCUCUGGUUGAGAACGCAUCCGACUCAAUCUCCCCAUACGCAGCCGCAGUGCUGCUCAUCACGAUGCUCCAUCAUGGCUUCACUGCAUUCUACGGCUGGACGAAAUACAAUAGCACAGACCAAACGGGCUUCCUGCUCGGCUUCAUCGGCAGUGUGACAAUGGCUGUCUUCGGUCUUUGGUGUCUGAUGUUUGGAGGUGAUAAGGCUCGAAUUAGCAAGAGAACUGGGGCGGAUAAGCGGACGAGUGGCUUUCCUUUCGCCAAUGCAGAGGCCGGGAAGAGAAAGGCGAAAAAGACAUUGUAGAUAUGCCAGAGCAAGGACAACGCAUUUCAUCACUCUUUUGGGUAUGUACACUGCUCUAUUACCAUAAAAACACGCCUGAUUCUAGCAAUUC